UCCCAAAAAGCAAGUUUCUGGAGCAGCCCCAAACGGCCUCAGGCGAGCUUCUGUGGCGUCUGAUCUGAAUCGACUUCUUCGACAGCAGCACCUGAUCUCACCACGUCACCUCAUCAAGCAGCAAGCAACCACUCGGAGGAACAUUUUAUCUUUUUGGACAAGCACCCGAGCCGUGCUCGGCACCCGAGAGAGCAGCGGACAGGGCGUACCCAGUAGCCGUGAGCGACCUAGGUCUUUGGAGCAAUGUCGGCGCGUACCUUUGGUUCAUACUGUGCUGGGCGAGGGCAACUACCCACACAGACGUCGCCAUCAAGCUCCGGCCAAGCUGAGGCACCUGCUGCAUUGUACCUACAAGUGGACUCUGCGAAUCAGAGAGCCUUUAGUACCCCUGCAUUGAUCAUUACCUCGGAGAGGGGGUACUUUGAAAAUAACGGCGUGCGACGUACUGAUGACGACGUGGAUGCUCAUGGAAAGCAAGAAUCACAGCUGUGUGAUGGGGGGUGAUGGGUGAUGAUGAG